CAAAACACGACCUCUAUAUGAACGGAAUAUGCCUGGCUUAAUUGCUUCAUUCAACCUUCAAAGAUUAUCUAUAAAUGUGCAAGUAUUUAUGUCUGGUGUAUAACAGUUACUUCUUCGAAUCAUGUCAUUGAGUGUGCCAAUAAGACGGACCGAUGGUGCACCCAAUGGCGCAUUCAGGACUUUUGGCCUCUACUGGUGCUACCACUGUCAUCGUACGGUCAGGAUUGCAUCAUCAAACCCAUUAGAGAUCGCGUGCCCUCGAUGCUUAAGGCAAUUCGUUGUGGAAAUCGAGAUGAGACGGCCUCGGGUGACUUUCACUCAUGCCGCUCCACCUUUAGAUGCUUCUCCUGAGACACGCCUUCUCGAAGCUCUGUCCCUCAUGUUUGAUCCUCCAAUCAUAGGUAGAUUCGGUGAAGACCCAUUUCUCAGGGCAAGGUCCAGAAACGUGGAACACGAACCAACAACACCCCUACCGCACCAUCGUCGACGCCACAGCCUUGACAAUGAUAACGAUGGCGGUUUACCUCCACCAAGAAGAACAUAUGUAAUACUACGGCCCACUGAUCCAACCAGUCCACUUGGAAACAGGAUUGAGCCAGCACCACCCAGGCGUAUGAACCCACGUGAUUUCUUUACUGGAGGGUCAGGUUUAGAACAGCUGAUCGAACAGCUAACGCAAGACGAUAGGCCUGGACCACCACCUGCACCAGAACCCACCAUCGACGCCCUACCGACGGUAACGAUCACAUCAAAACAUCUAACCAACGACACGUCCCAAUGCACGGUGUGCAUGGAGGACUUCGUUCCUGGCGGGGAAGCUACCGAACUACCAUGUAAACAUAUAUACCAUAAAAACUGUAUAACUCCAUGGCUAAGGCUUCACAAUUCAUGCCCAAUCUGCCGCCGUGAUCUGCCUCCUCCGGUCAACAACACCGUUACAGAUUCUCAGGAAAGGAGCGAUUCUACUAGAGAAGAGGUACCUGAAAGAAGGCGCCCUAGAUGGAUGCAGUUCUGGAACAUGGGGCCUUCUAGAGCAAGGUAUCAGAGGGUUAGUCCAGAAGAAACAGCGCACAGGAAUACUCGAGGUAACAGGAGCUAA